UGUAAAUAAAAUCUAUACUAGCUAUAGGUAGGUAGUAGCCCUAUACUGUCUAGUUGUCUGUCAGUCACGAAAUUCAGUUGAUUCCACCGGGAAAGCGACUGAAUGAUCAAAUUGAAGACCAACCGACGUAAAUCAACGAUUGGAGUUGAAUUCGCAGCAGCCUAAACAGAGUAAAAUUUCUUCAGAGCCUAACCAGGAUUGAGUAUUGCAAAUGGAACAUCCUGUGGAAAUGCUGUUAAUCAAAGAAGAGAAGGAGAAUUCGGAGGAGGAUCUUACUGAAAACACAGAUGAAGACCUUUUAUUUGUAGACCCCUUAGCAAUCAAGGCAGAACCAGAAUUUGUUAACCAUAGUGAAUUUGAUGUAGACUGUUCGUCCCAGUCUUUGAAGUAUGUAGUAGACAGCUCUCCAAGCUGUGAUGAUGAAAGUAGGAAGAUGAUCUGUGUUGCUGAAGAAAAUAGACAUUUAGGAAGAAGCAACACAGAAGGGAAGCAAAUAACUUGUGCUGAAUGCCAAAGGACAUUUUCACACAUGUGCCAUCUGAAAUCCCACAUGAGAACUCAUACUGGAGAGAAGCCAUAUACUUGCUCUAUAUGUCAAAGAAGUUUUUCUCAAUCAGGUUAUUUCAAAAUACAUGAGAGAACUCAUACAGGAGAGAAACCAUAUACUUGCUCUCUAUGUAAAAGGAGUUUUUCCCUUCAAAGUCAUCUCAAAAGGCACAUGAGAACUCACACAGGAGAGAAACCAUAUACUUGCUCUAUAUGUCAAAAAAGUUUUUCUCAAUUAACUAAUUUCAAAGUUCACAUGAGAACUCACACAGGAGAGAAGCCAUAUACUUGCUCUAUAUGUGAAAGGAGUUUUUCUCGUCAAAGUCAUCUCAAAACACACAUGAUAACUCAUGUGGGAGAUAAACCAUAUGCUUGCUCUAUAUGUAAAAACAGUUUUUCUCUUCAAAGUCAUCUCAAAAGACACAUGAGGACUCAUACGGGAGAGAAACCUUAUGCUUGCUCUGUGUGUCAAAGAAGUUUUUCUCGCACAAGUCAUCUCAAAAGACACAUUAGGACUCAUACGGGAGAGAAACCUUAUGCUUGCUCUGUGUGUCAAAGAAGUUUUUCUCGCCAAAGUCAUCUUAAAACGCACAUGACAACUCACACAGGAUAGAAACAUUCACUUGCUCUGUAUGUCAAAGAAGUGUUUCUGCUUCAAGUCUUCUCAAAAAACUAAAAUUCAAAGUAGACAGAAACUGUAUACUUGAUCUUUGUCCAAGUAGUUUUUCUAAUUCUGAAAUUCUCAAAAGACACAUUGGAAAUGAUUGUAGAGAGAGGACAUUUUACAGUCCUUAUGUCAAAAAUGUCAGACAAUUUCAAAUACUUUGAGACUGCUCAUGAAAAUUCAUAAUAUUUAGAGGGCAAUUAAAUAUAUUGAAUGCUAAAAAGGUUUUUAAUAUUCCUCUACUCCAAAAACCUUAUGAAAACCCUUAUUUGAGAAAAGCCAUUCAUAUAUCACGAAUAACAAAGGAGAUGUUUUGAAACGUGUGGUCUCAAAAGAUGUGUGUAAAUUCAUACUAAAAAGAAAUCAUAUUCGUAAAACCGACUUAGUGGAAAUAAAAGGAUGGUUUUUUUUUUUCAUUAAACAUCAGUGAAAGUUAUGUUCAGUUUUAUUUUUUUUACUUUCUGAUAUGUUCUACAAAGAAUGUGAUGCAGUAUUAGUAAAUCCUAGUUCUUUUAAUUAGUUCACUAGACAGUGGAAUUACUGUAUACUGUUUUAAUUAAUAAACUAACCAGUCAGAAGUUUUGAGCUAGGACUUGCUUUGUAAAUUACUAAAUUAUUGUAGUACUGUAUUAUGUUUCUGGAUCACUAGACUAAAGUGUUGAGCCAAGACUUGACUUGUAAAUGACUAAAGUACUGUUAUAUGCUGCUUUAUUCUAACAAUUCAUAAGUGUUGAGCCAGGGCUUGCUUUGUAAAUGAAUAAAGUACUGUA